AUGAUGAUGGUUCCAGCUGCUAUUCUUGCUGCAAUCUUUUUGAUUUCAGGUUCGAAAAUUUUUCUUUAACGCUUUUCAUUUCAUUUUUAAAUAGGCAUUUCUGCCGACCCUUGUGGCGAUUCUAACUGGAGAUACUUCCCACAAACCAAUGGAUGCUAUAAACUCAUCGAGUAAGCGUGAGAAUGAGAUUUGAACGCUUCUCAAACUUGAUUUUUCAGUGAAAAUUUGCCAUGGACAAUUGCUGAGUUCAAGUGCCUCUUCCAAGGCGCCCACCACGUCUCAAUCGACAGUCCCGAAGAGAACCAAUUCGUUCACGAGUUGUCCCACUGGUCUGAGAUUUGGACCGGAGCCGCCUUCUUUGGAAAGGACAUGCACUACGUGAACUCUGAUGGUUCUCGUUACGGAAACUUCGAGAACUGGAAGGACGGAAGAAAGCCACCGAUGAACCGUGCCCGUCGUUGCAUCAAGAUGGACGAGAACGGAGAUUGGUUCCAAUCGUGCUGCAAGAAGAAGACUUUCACCAUUUGCGAGAAGGUAAGGGAAUACUGUAGUUGAAAAUCAAAAGUAAAACUUUCGCUUUUCAGAAGGCUGCCUAUUCUGAAUCCUCGUUCUCGAACAACUCUGUGAACGGUUUCCGCUUCAUGCGCCAUCGCUCUUGA